GUUCAGUUCAGUUCUGUGCUUGUGUUACGCACAGCAAGAAAAGAGACAAGGAAAAAGAUAAGCGAGUGAGCAGCUAGCUAGCUGGUGAUCAGCAAGCCAGCCAUGGCGAGGCGGCCGUCUCCUUGCCUCGCCGUCGCCGUGCUCCUGCUUGGGGCGGUGGCGUUGGCGAGUGCCUCCGUCGAUGAGACGGCGGCGGCGGCGGCUGGCCGGGGGCUUGGCCAUGGCGCCCGCUUCGUGAGGAAGCUGGGCCGUGCGGCAUACGAGAAGCCGCCGGUGCCGGAGCCCAAGCAUGUCCCGCAGCCGAAACCGACGCCGAAGCCUUACCCCAAGCUUGAACCUAAGCCGGAGCCAAAGCCGGAACCCAUUCCUAAACCAGAACCGCAGCCAGAACCGAAACCGGAGCCAGAGCCUAAACCAGAACCAAAACCAGAGCUGGUGCCACAACCAGAACCUAAACCAGAGCUAAAACCAGAGCCAAAGCCUGAGCCUGUUCCAGAACCUAGACCAGAGCCAAAACCAAAGCCCGUGCCACACCCAGAACCAAAGCCAGAGCCUGAACCAAAACCAUACCCAGAGCCAAAGCCUGAACCAAAACCGGAACCUUUUCCAGAACCUAAACCGGAGCCAAAACCAGAGCCCGUGCCACACCCGGAACCAAAGCCUGAGCCUGAGCCAAAACCAUACCCAGAACCAAAGCCUGAACCAAAACCGGAACCUGUUCCAGAACCUAAACCGGAGCCAAAACCAGAGCCCGUGCCACACCCAGAACCAAAGCCAGAGCUUGAGCCAAAACCAUACCCAGAGCCAAAGCUUGAACCAAAACCGGAACCUAUUCCAGAACCUAAACCGGAGCCAAAACCAGAGCCCGUGCCACACCCAGAACUAAAGCCAGAGCCUGAGCCAAAACCAUACCCAGAGCCAAAACCAUACCCAGAGCCAAAGCCUGAACCAAAACCGAAACUUGUUCCAGAACCUAAACCGGAGCCAAAACCAGAGCUCGUGCCACACCCAGAACCAAAGCUAGAGCCUGAGCCAAAGCCUGAACCAAAACCAGAGCCUGAGCCUGAGCCUGUGCCACACCCAGAACCAAAACCAGAGCCGAAGUCAGAGCCUAAGCCAUACCCAGAACCAAAACCUGAGCCUAAGUCGGAGCCCAUUCCACACCCAGAACCAAAACCUGAGCCUAAGCCAGAGCCGGUACCACACCCAGAACCAAAGCCUGAGCCUAAGCCCGAGCCCCUGCCUCACCCAGAACCAAAACCGAAGCCAGGGCCUGAGCCUAAACCAAAACCCAUACCUCACCACAAACCAAAACCAAAACCAAAGCCAAAGCCUAAGCCUGAGCCCAAACCCAAGCCCGAACCUAAGCCAGAGCCAAAGCCUGAACCAAAACCUGAACCAAAGCCAUAUCCAGAGCCUAAGCCUAAGACUAAGCCCGAACCCAUACCUCACCCCGAACCUAAACCAAAGCCUAAUCCUAAGCCUCAGCCCAAACCCGAACCUAAGCCUGAUCCUGUGCCUGAACCAAAACCCGAGCCAAAGCCAUAUCCAGAGUCAAAAUCAGAACCACAAGGAGCAUAAGCCGCCGCACAUACCGCCGGCGACCAAUCAGUGACAGCAAUCCACCGAGACCGAGCAUCUUCCUGGCUGCCGGAGCAGCCACUGACGACAUUACUUCGCCGGAGGCCGGAGAGAGCUAGCGAAUUUCCAUACUGUACCGUUUCAUGAAUAAAGUGACGAUCAGCUAGAUUUCUGAAUUUUUUUUCUCUCUCUUUUUUUAUGUGCCACUUAGCUAGUGUAAUUAAAUUAUUUCUUAUGUACCUACGAGGCUACGACAUUUUAGUACCGUGUAUUUCUGUGUGACAUUCUGUUGUCCAUCGGCACUCUUUUUCUA